GGAUAUUGGAAAAGAGUGAAGCAAUGGAGAAGGGAAAAGGUGUGAUGGGAGGUAGAAGAUGGGCUGUUGAUCUCACUGACUAUUCGACCACUCCUUCUUCUCGCGACAUCCCCGAUCCUCCUGGUUUCUCUCGUGCUUCUCUCGAUCAGGAUGAUUCAACACUGAGUCGACAAAAGAAGGAUGCUGAAGCUAAUUGGAAAGCUCAGAAAGCUUGGGAAGUGGCACAAGCCCCUUUCAAGAAUUUGCUAAUGAUGGGCUUCAUGAUGUGGAUGGCUGGAAGUACGGUGCAUCUGUUUAGCAUUGGUAUCACAUUUUCAGCUCUUUGGCAGCCCAUAAGUGCUCUUCAAGGGGUUGGAAAAGUUUUUGAGCCUUACAAGGACAGUAAAGUAGAUCUACUUGGGCCUAAGCUACUCUUCAUUGCCCUUAAUUUGGGAGGUCUAGCUCUUGGUGUGUGGAAGCUUAACACGUUGGGACUUCUUCCAACACAUGCAUCAGACUGGGUUUCAUCUUUACCUCCUGCUCAGGAGGUUGAGUAUUCAGGUGGGGGAAUUCCUCUGCGGUAGUAUGCCUGUUUGUCAGCCCUAUCCCCAAAGAACCAGUGAAGUAGAAGGGAGUUUGACUGUAGCGGAAUGGGAACUUGGAUGUUGCCCUAUGGCUAUUCCAUGUAUCUCCACCAUGGGCAAUCCAGAAAACAGUGGUUUGAUUAUUUUCUUGUCAUGGACAUAGUAAUCUCAUUUUGUGAUUUUGUGGACACGAGGAAUGACCCAAAUUUGUAGUAAUUAUAAUGAUCCCACCGAUUGAUCGUUUUAGUGAACAUGUGAAUGAUCAUGGCUACAGCUCGAGUGAAUCGGAUUAGGGUUAUAGUCGAUCAGUGUAAUCCGAAUUAAUAAACCUCAACUCAAAAUCUAAUCAAACUUGGGCUUUUUAACU